GCUUUAUCCCUCUCUUUUUGCAACCACAUCAAAACCUCACUAAUUCUAGACAAAGUACUUUGCUUCGAGUGCAUUGACAUUCAUAUCUCCCUUUCUUCAUCUUCUACACAGCUGAAUACCAUUCUCUUGCAGCUUACUGUAAAAGAAUGUGUUAAUCAUGAAGAGAGGCUCAGUGGUUCUGCUUACCUGGAGUCUUUGAUCCCCAUCUGUCCACCUACAGAUAUGAUGGCAAAGAGGAAGCAAGUCUACAGCUGGGAGUUCCAGCAAAUGUUGGAUAAUUUAAAAGAAGAAGAUUGUCUGGAAACAGCCUGCCAACAUGGAGAGAAGAAACGGAGACUGACCCCGAAUCAGAUUAAUGCUUUGGAGAAGAAUUUCGAGCUUGAAAACAAGCUGGAGCCGGAGAGGAAGGUGAAAUUGGCAGCGGAAUUAGACCUGCAGCCACGACAGGUGGCUACUUGGUUCCAGAACCGCCGUGCACGGUGGAGGACAAAACAAUUGGAGAGAGACUACAACCUACUUAAAGCCAGUUAUGAUGCUCUUCAGCUUGAUUUCAGCAAUCUUGAACGAGAAAAGGAAACUUUAACUGCACAGCUAAUGGAGUUGAGAGCUAAGCUGAAGGCCGAAGAAGAAGUGUCCCUAAAAAUUUCACAACAAAAUCAUCAGUUAAUGGCAGCAGCAGCAGUGUCUUCUUCCCUCCAUUUCAAUGGCGGUUCUUCAUCUUCAGAGUCAUCAGUGCAAUGGUUCAAAUCUUUCAACUCGGGAAUGAUUAUGGGUAAUAUGAACAAUACCCAGUUUAUGAAAGUAGAAGAGCAGAGCACUCUGUUUUCUACAGAAGAUUCAUGCAAUAUUUUCUCCCUUGAUCAAGCUCCAACACUUCAGUGGUACUUUCCUGCUGGAAAUUGAAAUUAAUCUCAAUAGUUGGAAGCCUUGCCAAAGGAAUAAUAUAGUUUUAACUUUUCCUUUUUGUUCUAACAAAGCAUCUAAACCCAGAAACAAGCGUUCAUCAAUUGAGCUACAAGCUGUAGUACUAAUACAUACGUUUGAUAUUUCCAACUAUGAUCUAUGAGUAGAGUAAAAGGAAAUACAUAAUUUACUAUAUGCUUAAGGGAGGAAAAUACUGAGGAGAAGAGCUAGAACAUCAUAGGAUAUCAUG